ACUGAAAGGAAAGCUUUAACCUGCUGCUGCCUCCUUCGCUCUAUAUGUUUUUUAAAGUAGCGGUCUUUCUUCUUCCCAAUCCCGCCGCCUCGCUCUCUUACUAUUUCUUCUAUCUAUCGCGGUUCUUUAUCUGCUGGGCACCUCCACCUAUUAACCUUUCGAAUUAUAUAAGCAGGCUUGUAAGGUGGGCAGAGUAAGGUGAAGAGCUUCUAAUCUGCCCCUAUGGAAGAAGGUUAUAUACCUCCGCCAGAAUUCCAGGAAGAUGCCAAGGAACCGCUUAUAGAUCUCAGUUUGAAUGACUCUACAGAGCUGUGGCUCAUUCAAUGGCCUAAGAAGCAUAAUCCGGGGUUUGAUGGGCAAGAAGUAACAUUCAAGCUUCAUCACGAUGGAAAGUUGGCAAGCUUAAAGGGUUCAUCAGAUAAAGAAUAUGAUGUUGUCGGUUUUGCGGCUCAAGAGCCAAAUGCAACUGUUUUCGCACCUUCUGCAUCUGGCACAAAAAUUGUUGGGAAGAUCUCACGGCGGGUUUCCCUUGUACGUUAUCCAGACCCCCAUGAAGUCGAAAAAAUCAAUUCUGGAAAUUGGAAACAAAUUUAUCAGAACUCAGCUGGCAUUUCGUCUCGUUAUCCAACCCCUGCACGAAGUACUGCCACUCGAAGUGUUUUGCUCCAAUCAGCAAAUGGUCGAGCAGCCUCCUCCCGUAGCAGCAGACAUAAAAGUUCUUUAUCAGAACAUGGAGAGCCAUCAAAACCUGCAAAUGGUAAACAUGUUCCUGGACGGACCAAGUCCACAAACCAGUCUAUUCAAGAUUCAGGACGAGGUCACAGCACAGUUACUUCUUCGGGAUCCGCACAGCCUUCUCACCAAGGGAAAGAGAAGAAGAGAAAGAAAACUGAGGAUUAAGGCACAUGGAGCGCUGUUACUUAGGUCCUCGGCUCCAAGACAAUGGUGCUGCGCUGGCUUCGUGAUUCUGAAGAUUGUCUGAUUUUUGUCUGAAGAUAUGUCUAUUGAUGACAUGGAAACGCUGAAGCCAGGAUAGAGCAUUGUACUUUUAUUUACUUUGUUUCUUAUGUUUAUGAAUUGAAUAUGAAGAUGAUGUGGCCAGUGAUGAUAAACAGUUUCAAUGUGAUAAACUUCAACUCCCAAUCAGUCAUUUGAUGGAUGUGGACAAUGAUGACAUAUGUAUCUCGUCUUUAUUCAAUCUAGAUGGUACCUAACAAAGCACAUGGCAGUAAAGGAAUUUCUUUUCU